AUGGCCGACUCGGACGGCGAAUUCGUCGCCAACGCGUCCGACGACGAGCUCGUCGACCACCGGGUCACCGACGACGAGGGCGGCCCCUCCCGCAGCAAGGCCUCGCGGGCCAAGCGCAAAAAGGACCGGUACAGCGCGCAAGCGUGGGAACAGUCGCGGCGCACGUGGGAGACGAACCUGCCCGAAGAAGACCAGGAUGGCGUGCUCAGCCUCACGCUGCUGGAGGCCGAGAAGCGGAGGCGCCUGACGCGCGACACGACGCCGCUGCGGAGGGGCAUCAUCCGGCACCUGAUGCUGGUGCUCGACAUGUCGUUUGCCAUGGCCGACAAGGACCUGCUGCCCACGCGGUACCGGCUGACGGUCAGCUACGCCGUCGCCUUUGUGCGCGAGUUUUUCGAGCAGAACCCCAUAUCGCAGCUGGGCAUCGUGGGCAUGCGGGACGGCGUGGCCGUGCGCAUCAGCGACAUGGGCGGCAACCCGGCCGAGCAGAUUGAGCGCCUGAGGGCGGUCGAGGGGCAGGAGCCGCAGGGGAACCCGAGCUUGCAGAACGCGCUCGAGAUGUGCCGCGGCGCUCUGUUCCACGCGCCAUCUCACGGCACUCGAGAAGUCGUCAUCAUCUACGGGGCCCUGCUGUCCAGCGAUCCGGGCGACAUCCACGAGACGAUUGCCAGCCUGGUGGCGGACCGGAUUCGCGUGUCGGUCGUGGGCCUGUCGGCGCAGGUGGCCGUGUGCGCGGAGCUCUGCGCGCGCACCAACGCCGGCGACGAGUCGCAGUACGGCGUGGCCAUGGACGAGGUGCACCUGCGGGACCUGGUGCUGGCCAAGACGACGCCGCCGGCCACGCGGGCCGCCGAGCGCAGCGCCGCCAGCCUGCUGAUGAUGGGCUUCCCGUCGCGCACCCUCGCGCCCGGCGGCGCCAUCAGCCUCUGCGCCUGCCACAGCCGGCCCAUCCGCGAAGGCUACGCCUGCACCCGGUGCUCCGCCCGCGUGUGCCGCCUGCCCGCCGAGUGCCCGGCCUGCGGGCUGACGCUCAUCCUGUCCACCCACCUGGCCCGGUCGUACCACCACCUGUUCCCGCUGCGCAACUGGGCCGAGGUGCCGUGGCAGCAGGCCUCCCGGUCGGCCGCCUGCUUCGCCUGCCUGGCCGCGUUCCCGGGGCCGCCGCCCAAGAACGGCGCGGGCGCGGGCCAGCAGGACGGGGGGAAGCGCGCCAAGCCGGCCAACAACGGGGUCAGCGAGAGCGGCCGCUACGCAUGCGACGUGUGCGGCAACCACUUCUGCAUCGACUGCGACGUCUUUGCCCACCAGUUCGUGCACAACUGCCCGGGGUGCCAGAGCAGCGCGGCCGACGGCGCCAUGGACGUUGACGCGUGA